GUCUGAUUGAUUAAUACACUUCGUUGACAUAUCAAACUACAGGGGCAGCCAUGACAGGAAGGUUGAUGCUUGGCAUUGUUGCGUCACAAUACAAAAUGCCUCUGAUGACGUAAUGAUCAAACACCAAGCUGCCACUGGUGUAAUGACGGAUUAUUAGCUGAUUGAACUACGAGGUGAACGAAUUUAAUUGUGCUGAAAGCCACUUCCUAUUCCAGGUAUUCAAGACUAGAAGGAGCAUUCUGAUAAGAACACUGCAGACCAGUGAAUGAUGAAUAGGAGGCCCAACCUGAAUGGGUCUGGAGGACCAAGGUCCAUCGGUGUUCCACUACUCUGUCCUUCUAACAGAGUGCUGCUGGAGAGAGAAGAGGUCAGCCAGGACCCAGUGAUGGCCUCCUCUUUCAGGCCCUCAGCGUUCCCCUCCCUGCAUGUUGUGCCUCGGCCUCCCCCUCCUGACGACGUCUGGUCCAAGAGGCCCACAGCUGCCCACAGAAAGAGGAGAGACCUCCAGUCCCUAGUUCCUGUCCAGGAUGGAUGUCGUGAGUCUCCCGGUUGGAUUAACAGCAGCAGCUCCCAGCUGCCUGCCAAAACCAACAGACGCAGGCGCAACAAGGAGCUCUCCUUCACUGAGGUUCUGAAGAACUACAAGCUUCUACCUGAUUCCCGGCCCAGCAGCCCAGAGAGCCUGCACCAGCAUGAGAUGAUGAUUCCUAGAAUCCCUGUCAGCAUCACUAGACCUGAGGGGAGGCCUAGCAACCCUCGACGCCCCACAAGACGGCCUGUUAGACCAGUUGUCCUGGUCCAGCCUGACGUACAGCCUUCCAGACCUGAGGGGAGGCCUAGCAACUCUCGACGCCCCACUAGACGGCCUGUUAGCCCCGUUGGCCUGGUCCAGCCUGACGUACAGCCAUCCAGACCUGAGGGGAGGCCUAGCAACUCUCGACGCCCCACUAGACGGCCUGUUAGCCCCGUUGGCCUGGUCCAGCCUGACGUACAGCCUUCCAGACCUGAGGGGAGGCCAAGCAACUCUCGACGCCCCACUAGACGGCCUGUUAGACCAGUUGUCCUGGUCCAGCCUGACGUACAGCCUUCCAGACCUGAGGGGAGGCCAAGCAACUCUCGAUGCCCCACUAGACGGCCAAGCAACUCUCGACGCCCCACUAGACGGCCUGUUAGCCCCGUUGGCCUGGUCCAGCCUGACGUACAGCCUUCCAGACCUGAGGGGAGGACUAGCAACCCUCAAUGCCCCAAUAGACGGCCUGUUAGCCCCGUUGGCCUGGUCCAGUCUUAUGUACAGCCUUCCAGACCUGAGGGGAGGCCGAGCAACCCUCGGAGCACCACUAGGAGAAAAGUGAGGCCCAGUAAUCCUGUUUGUCCCGUUAUUCUUGAGUCCCGACCUCCCAGUCCUGUGAGCAUCACUACCAGCAUUGUGGACCUAGUCCAGUUUGAGUCCUGUCCUGCUGUGAGUCUGGUCCAGCCUGAGUCACGUCCUGCCUGCCCUCUGACCCUGGAGGAGCUGGCCCUUUCAGAGUCAUGCAGCUUCAGCAACAAUGUGUUUGUUCUCUCCAUGCCGAAAGCUGCCCAGCCAGAGGAGGCUGCAAGAGGGAGCAGCAGCGCACCCAGGGACAUCAUCAGGCCUGAAGCCUUCGUCCAGACAGGACCCCUGCUGGCCAGGAGAGCCCAGAGGGAUGCUCCUCCUCCAAAGAAGCUCCCCAAACCCCCUGUGGACCCCCGGCCCAAACUGCUGCCCUCCCUGGGCCAGGGCAACGUGUCCCUUGUCAGUGCCAACGCCUGGGAUGAAAGGACCAAGAAGAAGAGAAAGAAAGGAGUCAGAGUCCAGAGGUCUAGCCUGGGCGUGAGACAUAUCCCCCGUGACCUAGAGCUGGCCAUGAUGAGGCCCCGUCUGGUCAAGUCGGCCGAUCCCUCCCAGCGUCCCUACCAGCCGUGGGACGACGAGGACGAGGUGGACAUCUACGCCCUGAGGCGCACAGCCUUCAUGUGCCCCAUGUACGACCAGGAGGAGAGCAGCGGCAGGGGCAACAAGAGGGUGGCAGUGGAGGCCCUGGACAACAUUCCUUUCAGAAGGAAGAUCACCUUGUGUUAUUUCAUGGGGGGGCGCAGGGUCAUGCUGCCAAAAGACUACUAACCCCACCCCCCUCAAUUUACACAACACCCCCUUAGUCCCAGACAGAGAAGAACAGGACACACACAGAGAGACAGAGUGGACACCAACAGGGCCAUCAGAGGGACAGAGAUCCUCUCAGUUGAUGUUAGGAAUGUCAGCUACGAAAAGCUUCAAUAGACCAUCUCUGUAGCAAGAGAACCUCCAGUAAUCAGACUGGGCUGUCCUCUGUCUCCCCUCAUCUCUGAUACACCAGACUGGGCUGUCCUCUGUCUCCCCUCAUCUCUGA